GUUACAUGUUUGGGGGAAUUCUCAACUGCAAAAAUGGCCAUGACGUGGAUUUUGAAAAAUAAUCAAAUUCGCGCAUGUCCAAAAAUUUGGACACGUAAUUUUAGUGGGUAUAUAAGGGACCUACAUGUCUCCCGGGGUCUGAGAAAUUAUUCAGUUAACUUUUCAACAAAGUUGUAUUUUUGGUUUUCAUACUAAGAAGUCAUCUAAAAAGGUAAAAAAAAAUCAUACAUUUUUUAAAGUUUUUGUUUUUUGUUAGUUAGUUGAUGUUUUUAGAUUUUUAAAAAAAAUGUAGGUCAACAUUAGUUAAUACAAACCACUUAAACAUAAUUACUGCUAGUUAUAUAUGUAAUGGAAAUACAGGUGCAUUAUUUAUUGGCUACUAUUAUAUGACUAGGACAGUGAAGUUUUUCAACAUUGUUAACAGCAUCAUGUGAUAUUAUGGAUGAUUCUACAAAUUAUUAAUUAAUGGAUACGUUUAGAUUUUAAUUGUGGAUAAUGUAUGUAACAGUGGAUAGUGUAUAGAAAAGUACAUAUGACUUGUAUGUAUAUGUAUGUAUGUAGUUAUGUAAAAUUGUGUAUGUAUAUGACUGUAUGUGUUUGAAAGAGAGAGAAAGAAAUAGAGAGAAAUAGAAACUGAGGAAGCAGGUCCCUCUGUUUCUUUACUUUUCAGGGUAACUACAGAUAUUUUCUAGUAUUAACUCAAAAUUUUUUUUUUUUUUAAAUUUCAUUUUUCAGACCUUAAGCAGCAAUGGCCAGAUCACAGAAGAAUUGUGUUGAUUUGAAAGAAAUUAUAAAUGAAUGGAAGAAUUUGGAGAAGGUGAAAGGUAAGAAAUUCUACAGACAGAAAUAAAAUCUCUCCCCUUGUGUAGGACUUUUGCUUCUGUGAUGGGAAAAUUUGAACAUCCUGACACAUAUUUGGUCUUAUAUCAACUGGAGACACACAUUAUAGCUUCAAUUAACCAGAGACGCACAUAUAGCUUCAUUUGACCAGAGAAACACAUAUAGCUUCAAUUAUUGAACUUAUUAAGGAAUUAACAGUUUCUUUGUGUUGGGGGUGGGGUAUAAUCCAUAUAUAACCUUUCCAACAUAGGUGACAUACAACUAUAUGAUUCAGCCCAGGCACAUAGUGUUAGAUUGACCAAUAGAUGACAGAACUCUUUAGUUAAAGCUCAGACAUCAAAAGACACAUUUUUUAUCAUACAUUUAUUUAUUUUUUUUUGCAAAGAAGAUAUUUUAUUUAUGCAAGAUCAUAAUUUCGUUGUCUUAUGUUUACAGGUGAAGCUAAUCUUAGAAACCUGAAACUGUCAGUCACAAACGUCCAGUGGACUAAUGUCACGUGUCUGUCUGACCCGGGCAAGACGCAGACAGCAAAGGUAAAGGCCUAGAGUGUGGAUAACUGAAAUGCCUGACUGUAACUUUAAGUAAUUGUGUUAAAUCUUGAUAUUGAAAAGUACCCAAACUGUGUCAGUUUUGAUUCGCAAAUAAUCGACUUGUUGAUUCAAGUUUUGAAAAUUAUCUCUCUUUUUCUCUCACUUCUCCUUUAGGUUUCUGCUGAAUAUACCAGUGAGCAGAAAGAUCGACUUGCCAAGGUCAGUGCAAACUAUCCCAACCAGAUUGGUACCCACGUGACCAUUCAAAAAGGAUAUGUCAAAGGUAAGCCAGGAGUUAUACCCUACCUCCACUGGUCCUCUAGAAUGUAAACUAUUGUAUUUCAUGAAAUGUAUAGACUUGUGUCUCAAUUUGAACUGACACAACUAAUUCCUAUCUGAUUCUGUUUGAAGAUCUGCACAAGACCUUCACCCUCCCGUUGGCUGGACUACCGAAAGCCAUCACAGAUGUCCUGGGCUCAUCCGUUGAGAUUGACGUGGGCACUGCAGAGACCAAUGAGCAAAAGAUGGAACUGUUUGUCUCGAGUUCCCACAAAAUUGACCAAACAGAUGGCAAGGCACCCACAGCAGCAGAAGCUACCAUUACGUCAUCAACCGGAACUUACGUGGGUAAGUUAAAAAUUAAAAAAAAAUAAUAAUUAAGAGCUUUAAAAUCCAAUUGGUCUUUUUAUAAUUUUAAAAUGAUCUACUUUGUUAAAUGUUUGACUAGAUACUAUGUUGUUGUUUUUUUAAAUAUUGAUUUAAAAUUAUUGAAUAAAAAUAUUUUAAGCCUUAAAUUAAUGCAUAUGUAACUGUAGCAUUCGCAAUUUCUAUAAAGGUUAUGGGCAACCGUUGUAUUUUUAAAUGUAAGAACUAAUAUUAUCACCAUGCUAAUGAUCGAUCUUAAACCCGUUUUGCCCUCUACAGGUCAGUUCUCUGGUAAGGCUGAGCUAAGAGGAGAAGUGAUUCUCAAUGACAACAAAAGCGUGGAGCAAUGCCCCUUCUCAGAGAUGGUCACCUGCAUCAAGUCAAAGUCCAAAAAUGUUGAAACCCUGUGUGUGUCCGAUGAUGGCUUGACCGUCCACUGGACCAUUACGGGAGAGUGUCUGUUCCACCUGGGCACUAAGGCGGCUGUGCAGUGGAGCGAGAGACGCUGAGAACUGCUCGCGCGAAACACGCAACCUUGACAUUCCAAAUAAACUCAGAAAAAUUAUUCAUGAUUGUAUAUGUAAACGUUAGAUGAUACAUCAUGAUGUCCUGAAUUCAAAACUUUUGUCAAAACCUGAUAAUGGUACAUCAUGAUGUCCUUAACUCAAAACAUUUUUUUUUUAAAAUUGAUGUUAUAUUCAGGCAAAAUAUCAGCUCACUUGAUUGACAUCUUUUUCUACACUAUAGAAACACUAGCUGAGCUAACGUGAAGAUGAUUUAUUUAAAAUUGUUUAUAUUAGAUGGUUUGACAUGUUAAACUGUGCAAAAUUAACACCAAAACAAACGUGUUUUAGCAAAGGUCCCCAUAUAAAAGGUAUUGGGGUAGAUCUAUCAAAGGUAUAUGUAAAAUUUAGGAAUUUGUUAUAUUUUUUUAAAAUUACGUUAGAUAACUAUUGAUUUAUUUUAAAUUCAAAAUAUGUUCAUAUAUUUUUUUUUUUAAAGCAUAUUUGUUUUGAAUUGUUAUUAUUCAUUUUUAUUCACCAAAGGUAUUGACAAUAUUUCCACAAAUGCCCUUAAAUUUUCCCAGUAAAAAUAUUACCAUCUAAAAUUUAUGGCUGAAAACAUGUACUGAAGUAAAAAGGUAUUUGCUAGACUUAAAAAAAAGGUAUUUGUUUGUGUUAUGUAAUUACCUUUAAAUUUUUGGUGAUAUUAUUUUUAUACAAGUAUGAAGGAAGCGUAUUAUUAAACUAAAUGUUAUUAAUCAUAGAUUAAAUGUUUGUACUCUAAGAUUGAAUUGUUGUACUCAUAGAUUGAAUUUUUGUACUCAUAAACGAAAUGUUUUUACUCAUAGAUUGAAUGUUUGUACUCAUAGAUUCAAUUUUUGUAAUCUAAGAUUGAAUUUUUGUACUCAUAGAUUGAAUUUUUGUACUCAUAAACGAAAUGUUUGUACUCAUAGAUUGAAUGUUUGUACUUAUAGAUUAAAUGUUUGUACUCAUAGAUGAAAUGUUUGUAUUCAUAGAUUAAAUAUUUUAAUUAUAUAUUAAAUAUUUGUACUUACAAAUUUAAUGUUUUUACUCAUAAACUAAAUGUUAAUGUUUGUAUUAACAGAUUAAAUGUCUGUACUCAAAUUAAAUGUUUUUACUCAAAGAUUAAAUGUUUUAAAUGCUUCUAAAAUGAAAAAACCAUGCCAUCUUGUUGCAACUUGUUUUUCCCUAGGAGAUUAUUCGUGGCUUUAUUCUUCUGUUAGCUACAGUCUCAGCUGUAGCAAAUGUCCUACCGUGGCAUCGUUAAAAUUGUUUAUUAAUAAUUGCGACGACUGUAAAUUAAAAUUUGUCAAAUAUCAAAAUAUAAGGUCGUAUAAUUUUUUUUUUUUUUUAUAUUACUUCAAGAAAGAACAAAUGAAAUUCUUUACCAAGUUUGUUACAAAUGUUUGUUUUGAUGUUUGUUUUGAGUUUAACGUGUUAAACCUGGAUGAAGUUAAAGUUUUGUAUUUUUUGUAAUUGAAUGUAGGAUGACUUUUCAUGUACCCGGUAGUGAAAUUUUUCAUACUGUGUUUGCUUCAUUAAAAAUACUUCCCAAAAAUCAUUUUUUUUUUAUUCUUAGAUUCGCCAUUUAAAUUUAUAUAUUUUUUGAAAUCAAUAUAAAAUGUAUCAUGUUUUAUUCAUGACUAACGUGAACUGAUGUGAAUUAAAAUUGUAUGAAACAUUUUAUAUAAGGUGAAUUUUCGAUGCAUUGUUAUCCUUUUAAAGAAAUCUCUUCCAUGAAACGAAACAAUAAAUAUGAGAUAUAAAGAAAAUCAAAACCAAAAUUUCUUUUUUUUUCUCUAAUCUUCUAAUUUAUGUAUUUGAAAGUG